GAGGAUAGUUGUUCUCGGUGACAGAUAAUCACCUGUCAGACCGCGCGUUGGCAGCCUUCGUUGACCCCCGACUACUGGGAGGUGCCCGACUCGAAUCACCCGAGAGCUCACCAGACCAAAUAAUCCCAUCAUUCACUCGUUCGGCUGCUUACCUCCCUGAAAAUCCCCCAGCCAUGGCGCCACAGGUUGCCAGUUGGGAGGAAUUGCUUUGGGUGUCUGAAGAAGUCGACGAGGACACGGGGGACUUCCAAUAUACCAUGUUCGCAACGGUGGAAGACGACAUGAUAUACUACGGCCAGUUGAACAGGCCAAAGGCGGACAUCUCAUUUCAGCAUGCUACCGACUCCCUCGCUCGAAUUCCUGAUGAGGAAAUCUUUCCCCGGUGGCCCCAAGGCCUCCCUCUCACUAAGGCCCCUGAGGAGCUCCCACCAGGUGUUUUCGUCAAGCGGCCUAGGCUAGCGCUGUAUGAUAUCUUCUUAAAGCAUAAAGUCGUGCAUCUCCUCCCUAAGGGGUUGAUGGAAGAGGCAGAAGCAAUGGAAGUGCUGGGGAGCCAACCUCACCCAAACAUCGUUGGAUACUAUGGCUGCCAUGUGCGACGGGGCUAUAUCACUGGGCUCGUGCUCGACCGACACCCCCAUGACUUGAACAACUACCUAAAGAGCGGCCACACCAUCCAGGAUAAAGAGCUCUUCAUAGAAUCACUAGAGUCAGCAAUUCAUCAUUUACACUCGCUUGGCUGGGCCCAUAACGACCUCAACCCCAAAAACGUCCUCGUGGCAGAGGAUAGGAGACCGAUUCUGAUUGACUUUGGCUCGGCUCGUAGGAUUGGGGAGAAGUUGUCGACUAGCCGUGGUACGAAAGGUUGGAUCGACUGCGAGAUGAAGGAUUAUACGACGUCAGAGACGCGACACGACACUUCAGCUCUCACCAAGCUUCGUAAGUGGCUAGAUAACCCAACAUUCAGGGAUUGAAUAGCUGUGCUGUGCAUUUCGAAGUUGGCAACCAGCAGUUUUGCAUGGCUGGAUAGUGAGGGUCGAAUUCCGUGGCAAAAAAAACGCUGUGUCUAUAUGACGAUGCAGUGAGAAUUGAGGACCAAAGCGGAGAUUCACCUAUCUGUGCCGCAUAGUAUGUAGUAACGGCAUUAUUCGAUAGCUUCAUGUACUGGAGCAUGGGACCUUGG